AUGGUGCUCACGGGCGAUGAAGUGGCCAAGCAUAACAGCGAAAAGUCAUGCUGGGUGAUUAUUCAUGGCAAAGCAUACGAUGUGACAGAGUUUCUGCCUGAACAUCCCGGCGGCGAAGAAAUCAUUCUCAAAUAUGCCGGCAAAGACGCGACGGAAGAGUUUGACCCGAUUCACCCCCGGGACACGCUCGACAAGUACCUCGACAAGUCGCUGCACCUGGGCCCCGUGGACAUGGCCACCGUCGCCGUGGAGGCCAAGAAGGAGGACGACCCGGAGGAGGCGGAGCGGCAGCGGAGGAUACGCGAGAUGCCGACGCUGUCCGAGUGCUUCAACCUGCACGACUUUGAGGCCGUCGCGCGGCGGACCAUGAAGAAGACUGCGUGGGGGUACUAUUCCAGCGCGGCUGAUGAUGAGAUUACCAUGCGUGAGAACCACAGCGCCUACCACAGAAUUUGGUUCCGCCCCCAGAUCCUCGUCGACGUCCACAGCAUCGACCUGUCCACCACGAUGCUGGGCACCAAGGUCUCGGCGCCCUUCUACGUCACGGCCACGGCCCUGGGCAAGCUGGGCCACCCCGAGGGCGAGGUGAUCCUGACGCGCGCCGCGCACGCCCACAACGUCAUCCAGAUGAUCCCCACGCUGGCGUCGUGCUCCUUCGACGAGCUCGUCGACGCCCGCCAGGGCGACCAGGUCCAGUGGCUGCAGCUCUACGUCAACCGCGACCGCGCCAUCACCAAGCGCAUCGUGCAGAACGCCGAGCGGCGCGGCUGCAAGGGGCUCUUCAUCACCGUCGACGCGCCGCAGCUGGGCCGCCGCGAAAAGGACAUGCGGCUCAAGUUCGUCGACACGGGCAGCAGCGUGCAGAAGGGCACCAAGACGGACACGAGCCAGGGCGCCGCCCGCGCCAUCUCGAGCUUCAUCGACCCGAGCCUCAGCUGGGCCGACAUCCCCUGGUUCCAGAGCAUCACCAAGAUGCCCAUCAUCCUCAAGGGCGUGCAGCGCGUCGAGGACGUGCUGCGCGCCGUCGGCGCCGGCGUCCAGGGCGUCGUGCUGUCCAACCACGGCGGGCGCCAGCUCGACUUCUCGCGCUCCGGCAUCGAGGUCCUCGCCGAGACGAUGCCCGUCCUGCGCGACCAGGGGCUGGACUCCAAGAUUGACGUCUUCGUCGACGGCGGCGUGCGGCGCGGCACCGACAUCCUCAAGGCGCUGUGCCUGGGCGCAAAGGGCGUGGGCAUCGGGAGGCCGUUCCUGUAUGCCAUGAGCACCUAUGGGCAGGCCGGCGUGGAGCGGGCGAUGCAGCUGCUCAAGGACGAGAUGGAGAUGGACAUGCGGCUGAUUGGGGUGACCAAGAUUGCGGACCUGCAUCCGGGACUGUUGGAUACGAGGGGGCUGUUUGUGCAUAGCAAUGCGACGCCCGUGGAUUCGCUGUCGAAUGUCACGUAUGAUCCGUUGGUCGUUCCGGCGCAGAGGAUCAAGGCGAAGCUGUAG